GUAGCAAUGAGAACACCUUCGGCCAGGAUCAAGCUGAGGAAACGCACCGGUGCACCUACAACACCCUGCGUUGGCAAUGUAGCUAACAAACGGGUUAAAGCGAACCAACGAGAACGAAACCGGAUGCACGGACUGAACGACGCGCUGGACCGAUUGCGUCACUGCGUCCCACUUCCCCAGCAGUUCACCGUAACCAGAUGUGACCACACGACACCCCAGAGGUUGUCCAAAAUCGAAACGCUACGUUUGGCAAAAAACUACAUUUUCGCGCUGGCGGAAACAUUACGCGAGAAUCGACGGUUGACCUACGACGAACUGUUGGGUAUUUUAUCCUGCCAGUUGAGCCAAAACACGUGCAACAUGCUAAGAAAUCGACUUCAAAUGGAUGAAGCGCUGAAAGCAGAACUGAUGGAACCGUGCUACGUUACAAAUGUGUGCUGCUGUCCCUGCUCUGGAAUGUACCAACCAUCAGUGCGAACGCGAAGGUACGAUUGUUCAGUGAACGGCACAGGAUUGUCCAACGACGACUGGAUAGCACCGGGAAGUGCAACGGCGGAUUGCUGUGCAUGUGCUGGUGAGGAUAGUAGAUUUUAUUAG